AUGGCCGAAGAGCCUGCGACUUCUCCUAUCUAUAGGCUUAAUGAAGAUACCCUGAUAGAGCUAUUCAAGAUAGUUGCGUGGGAUGACCCACCCGGGUAUCUGCAUCCUUACCCGUCGCGUGUCUGGCACCUCAGCCGGCUUCAUUUAGGAUGGACGCGCGUGUCGCACGUCUGUCACCUGUGGCGUCGUGUCAUCAUAUAUGGCUUGCCUUCUCUCUGGGCGCAAGUUGUACUCGUUUUCCCACGAGAGGAGGCCUACACAACUAUGCUCAGCCGUGCCCAGGACCUUCCAAUCGUCUUAUCCGUACACCGCAGCAUCGAACAGAGCGCAUUGCGCGCCGCUACAUUCGCCUUUGUUCGCGCACACUGUGGUCGCGCAAGACUACUUGACUUUCCUGUCCUCAAUCCCCCAGAAGAUUGGAGUGACUUGUUCAAUUCAGAUGUGCUGCCACACUUGCGAGAACUCCGACUACGAGAACUCACCCACCUCGGGGAUUUAGGGCUUUCCGAGUUGAACAUCCGAGCACCCAGUCUCCUCACGGCAGUGAUUGGCAAGCUGCGGUAUCCUAUAGUCGCACUUCAUGCUGCUCAACUCGUUCACCUCGAUGUCGUCCAUUGUGAGAUGUUCACGUUGCAGCAUCUAUAUGAUACGCUCUCCAAGACGCCUAGCCUGGAGUUUCUCCGGGCGACGACACUUCCUGCACUAUGGGUCGAUGAUUUGCCGACGCCGGAUGAAUGUCACCUCGACUUACCACGGCUUCGCAGAGUGCAUCUACUUGGGAGACAAAGCAACUUCCUACCGCUGCUUCGUGCACUGUCGCCAGUGGCACACAUUCAGCAGGUUGAGCUGGACCGCUUCAUCGACGUGGAACGCGAGGAGCUACAUGAGGCGCUCAAUGUACUUCGACCAGCAGACUUGGUAGAAGGGUGCUCUCUUAACUCACUAUACAUCCACCACGGCCGCUUCCAGACUUGCGCUUUCGACAUGCAGGAGUAUGAUCGCGACAGACACUCCACUUUUGAGCCUCCCAAACGAGCCUUAUGGUUCUCCGUAUCACUACUAUCGGAAACGCGUGCCGAGCAGGCUCGGCUCCUUCCUCGCUUUUGCGCCACGCUCCGAUUGUCCGAUAUAGAGCAUCUGGUCAUUCAGCGGGGCAUACCAGAUAACCCGGAUCUAUGGGCCAACUUGUCAUCAGUCUCGAGCAUCACAUUCAUGAUGGUGGCUACCGUGGAGGAACCGAAGGUUGCACGCGCUCUCGCCCUUCUCGGCGAGGCAUCAGCGAGGGACAGCGCGUUGCUCUUCCCUCACCUUCACACUCUCACACUCUGUGACUGCGAAUACUGCGACCCAUUCGACAAGAUAGACGCGAAGUGCCUUCAAGGAUGGUGGGAGCAUAUCAUCGAUGGAUUGACGAUUCGCCGCAACAACGGUGUUCCGAUCCGCAAACUCGUCAUUUGCACACUCUACGGGACUACGAACGAUCCCAGAAUUGAAAUUGACGACGAAGGCAUGAAGCGCGCUUCGGCGCUGGUGGAGGACCUUGUGGACCAGAGGAGAUUGGACAAAUGA